GCAUAGUUCAGUUUUCUUCUUUCGCUUCGAUUUCACUCAUUCAUCCACAUCACAUGUAUAUCUCCAUCACCUACUUCUUCGCUUCACUUGGAAACAUACCAGAAAGCUCCACUCUUUUGUCUAACUCCUUAUAGCCACCAACCUUCAAUUCUAAUGGCUUGAUGGUUGUGGUUUAGUUUUGGAAGCCAUAAGAGUCAGCAAGACCCUAGAAACAUAGACUUUUUCAGGCUUCUGAGAGUUCCUUCUUCUUGUUAUAGUGAUCAUUUUCUAUCAUUCAUCAUUUUCCAUUGGUCAUGUCAUGUAUUAUUCAUCUUUAUUACAUGGGAAAAAGAUAUGCAUGAGGCCAUUGUGAAUAGUUAAACUUUUGAAAGUUCUAGCUGCUUUGAUAGAUAGUGGUGUAAUGGGGAAACAAGGGUCUCAUAAAAGUCCACGUCCUGAGUUCCAGGGUGCUAAUGGUGUAGUCAUGGGAAUGAAAGAUUACAAGAUAACAAGCAGUGAUCCUCCUUCUUGGAAGAGGAUGACAGGGGGGGUUGAUUGCCGUUGGCAUUCCAAAACAUUGUUACUUCAUGGGCUGAAAACUGAUUCUUCAAAAUGCAACUCGUGUAGGGGACUCUAUGUUGGGAAAAAGCACAUCAGGGCCAUUGUUGUCUUGUUUGGAUUGUUGGCUUGUCUUUUCCUUCUUGACUCUCUUAUCAUUUCGUUUUUUGAGUUUACAAAUCUUCAACCUGGUACAGCCUCAACUAAUUCAACUAUGUUUCAGGUACAGGGUAGAGAUUCCUACUUCUACAACAAACAAUCACCAGUAUAUAUGUAUGGACGGCUUCAGAACUUGGCUUCCAGCGCUCUUGCAGAGAAGGAGUUCAAGCAGGAGUCAUCCAAUUUAUGGGUGGAACCAUUUCGGCAGGCAUCUUCAUGGAAACCUUGUGCAGAAAACAAAGUUCAAACCAAUCAGGGGAAGCCAGUGAAAAAUAAUGGCUACAUCUUAGUCAGUGCCAAUGGUGGUCUUAAUCAACAACGAGUUGCUAUAUGCAAUGCUGUUGCUGUGGCAUCUCUCCUAAAUGCAACACUAGUUAUUCCAAAAUUUCUUUACAGCAACGUAUGGAAGGAUCCAAGCCAGUUUGGUGACAUAUACCAGGAGGAGUAUUUCAUGAAUAUCUUGAAGGAUGAUAUCAGUAUUGAGAAAGAACUUCCACCUCACAUGAAAUCUCUGGAUGUAGAAGCAAUUGGUAGCCAGAUUACAGAUGCAGAUCUUGCGAAGGAGGCCACACUUGCUGACUAUAUCAAAAUUGCCCUUCCUCUUCUUUUGAGAAAUAGAGUUGUUCACUUCCUAGGAUAUGGAAAUCGACUUGGUUUUGAUCCACUUCCCUCUGAUAUUCAGAGGUUAAGAUGCAAAUGUAACUUCCAUGCUUUGAAGUUCGUGCCAAAAAUUCAACAAAUUGGGUCGCUAUUGAUCCGAAGGAUUAGAAAAUAUGGUGCUCGACGCAGCAUGAUAGACACUCAAUUGCUGGGGAAGUUCGUCCACAACAUGGAAGAUCGUGAAGCUAAAAGGGGCUCAACAAAAUAUCUUGCUUUGCACUUGAGGUUUGAAAUAGAUAUGGUGGCCUAUUCCUUAUGUGAUUUUGGAGGUGGAGAAGAAGAGAGAAAGGAACUACAAGCCUAUAGAGAACGUCAUUUUCCUCUGUUUCUUGAGCGCUUGAAGAAGAAUUCAACCUCUAUUUCUCCAAUGGAAUUGAGAAAAUUGGGAAGAUGUCCGUUGACACCAGAAGAAGCAGCACUUGUUCUAGCAGGCCUUGGUUUCAAACGCGAAACUUACAUUUACUUGGCUGGUUCUCAUAUUUAUGGAGGAAACUCAAGAAUGGAACCUUUCACUAACCUGUAUCCCAAUGUGAUCACAAAGGAAAACCUGCUUACACACAGUGAACUGGCACCUUUCAGGAAUUUUUCUUCUCAGUUGGCUGCUUUGGAUUUCAUUGCAUGUGCAAGUGCUGAUGUAUUUGCUAUGACCGACUCUGGUAGCCAACUUUCAUCAUUGGUAUCAGGAUUCAGAACUUACUAUGGUGGUGAUCAUGCACCUACAUUGCGGCCAAACAAGACAAGGCUAGCUGCAAUUUUGAGGGAGAAUGACAGCAUAAGAUGGAACAGGUUUGAAGUGAGAGUAAAGAAGAUGAUUCUGGAAGGUCAGAAGGCUGGCAUUAGGAGUUAUGGCCGGAGCAUUUAUAGAAAUCCAAGGUGCCCUGAGUGCAUGUGCAAACACCAUUAGCUACUAGUCCUUGCAUUAGCAAACCAAAACACUUGUUAAUAUACAACACUUUUGAGAUUGAAUUUCUUUAGCAAUUUUUCUUUUUCUGUAUCAUAUUUUAUUCAGAAUCCUAUAUAAGAAAAUAAAAUUGUUUUUUCAUUACAAAGAAUGAAUUCAAUUU